AUUUAUAAAUUCUUUCUUUUUGAUUUUUUUUUCUUUUAAAAAAAUAUAAAAUCCUUUCCUAUCCUUUUUUUUUUUCGGUCAAUCAUAAAAUGAGAUUUGUUAGUAGUGUUCAAACUGCUUCUAUUCUUUUUUCCUUCCUUUUUAGUAGUUCAAUUUCAGCCUUACAACCGUCAGAACAUAGAUCUUAUUUUUCAACAGUCAUUCAGUCAAAUAACGUUUAUAUUAUUGGUGGUUCUAAUAAUACAUUACAAGUUCCCAUCCUUAACUUUACAUAUGGCAUCGAUAUACAUGCACCUAAUUGGCAAAUUCGUACAGGGCCUUCUCCUACGGAUCAUGUCUUGAAGCCUUUCACAUAUGGCGUCGCCUUUCAAGGAGCUAAAAAUCAAGUGUUUGUUCAAGGAGGAGAAGGCACAAGUAGAGAAAUGCAAAAUUUAAUGAAAUACACACCAGCCAUAGAUGGUUGGGAAUAUGUUUAUCAAGAAGCUGCUGAUAGACCAGCACCUCAAUACUUGAUGACUGCUUCAGUCAAUCCUUCUACAAAUAUGGCUUAUUAUUAUGGUGGGCAACCAACCAAACUUGGUGCAUCAGCGUCUAACGAUUUCACCAGUUUUGAUACUAAUACUGGUAAAUGGACAAAGCUUUCUCCUUUAUACCCUAAAGCUCACCGUCCAGGACGCUCUGCACACUCAUCAAAUAUUAUUAACAAUCGAGUGUUUAUUAUGGGUGGAUUAACAGAUAGUGCAAAUGCUACAUUAGAUCGAGUAUUAGCAGAUUUUAAAAGUGUUCUAAUAUACGAUAUUGCUAGUAAUACUGCUGUAUCCAUUGCUACGUUAGGUGAUAUUCCAGAUGCUAGAUUAGCAUAUUCCACUGCUUUAGGACUUGAUAAUAGAUCGAUAGUUAUUUAUGGAGGAUAUUAUUAUCAUGGUAAAUCAGGAUUAUUUCAAGCUGCAUCAAAUGAUGUCUAUAUUCUUGAUACAUGUACUUUAACAUGGAGAAAGCAGCCUGUUACUGGAACUUCUUCUCCUGGUUCUCUUUAUGGUCAUAAUGCAGUGAAUAUCAAUAAUUAUAUGGUUCUUUUAAUGGGAAUGACAAAUGAAGUGAAUUACAAUGAAAAUAUUUAUAUCCUUGACAUGAAUCAAUGGAAAUGGGUAGAUAAGAUAGAUACUCAAAAUAGAGUAGUGGGUGAUAGUGAUACAAUUGCUUUAUCAUCAACCUGUCAAUUUCCUUUACCAAGUGUGAAUUCAACUGAUUUUUACCCUCUUGAUUAUGAUUUUAGUGUUCUCGAUAAUCCACUUCGUUCUAUGACGUCCAAUUCAAAGAACCAUAAAGGACUUAUCAUUGGUCUUUGUGUGACAGCCAUUCUUUUAUUAUCUAUAGGCGGUGCUUAUAUGUAUGUAAGACGUAUUCGGAAGAAUGCCAGAAGGUUAAAUCCUAGAUGGAUGCGACCUAUCCCUCCUUCUGGUCAUCAUCAUGAUAGUCACGAUGUAUUUGGUGAUGAGAGAGAUUAUCCGUUAUUUGUUUAUAACAAGGAAUUAGAUAAUAAUAGAGCUGGAGAAUCCUAUAAAAAUCAAGUUCACGAAGAAGAAGUAAAAAUCUAUACAGCAGCUGAUCAUGAACAAUGGGAACAACAGUCACAGAAUAAAGACGAUAUUUGGAAACGUAUGAAAGGUUUAAAUCAUCAUUCCUCCAUUCCCAAGUAAUAAUGGAUGGACAACGCCUUUUUGAUGAUAAUUUUUAUUAUGCAGCUUUUUUUUUUUUUUCUUUUUGAAUUUUCUGCAUUAAAAUAACUUUUUCUUCUAAUGAUCAUUAUUUGUAAUCAAAUUGAAUUCCAG